UCGCCAUGGGUAAAGUAUCAAAGAGUGCUUGAGGAGGAUCAAGGAGGCCCGUCUACUGUCGCCUUCAGAAAGGACUCAACAUUUCCGAUUGUGGUUGUAAAGAGUUAUCUCGCAACAGAUUCUUCUAAAGUCCAAGACGUCUUUAGAACUCGACAUCCAAACAUUGUUAAUGUAUUGGAUGCUUUCUAUGAAGACGAUACUACAUACAUUGUCUACGAAUAUAUGACUAGAUCAAUUGCUGAGGUCCAGGCUACCCCGUUGGGAAAGUUUGAGGAGUUUGAAAUUGCUGCAAUAUGUAAAGAGGUUAUUGAGGGACUUUUAUUUCUACACGAUCUAGAUAUUAUUCAUGGGUCCUUUACCAGUAGCAUAGUACUUCUAAAUAGAGAAGGAAAUGUGAAGAUUGCUAAUAUCGGAGAGAGUGUCCUAAUAUCGAGCCCAAUUAGCAAAGGUAUAGAUAUUCAAGCAUUGGGUCGCUUUAUCCUGCAAUUAAUGGAGCCAAGCUCUAUUCUCCAGCAAACGUCGACUCUCAGCCUUAAAUACCCUGAAUAUUGGUCUAUUACUUCAAAAGAGUUUCUAUCACAAGUAAAAUCUGAAGCAUUAAUCAGUUUGAAGAACCAUAAUUUUCUACAAAUGUCACCGGGUCCAGCAUGCUUAAAACCUCACGUCUUGGUGGCAGAACGAGCUGUAAGGCCAAAUUGGAAGAUC